AUGGCGCACUUCCCUCCUUCCUUCGGCUUCCGAGUCACGCCCUCUCUGCACAACAAGCCGGAGGGCCCUACCUUGCCUUCGAACAACCCUGUCCCCACGAAGCCUUUCGUUGUGGUCGUGACCGGCGCUGGCAAGGGAUUGGGCUUCCACACCGCUCUUGCCUAUGCCAAAGCCGGUGCCAGCGGCUUGGUGGUUUCCUCCCGCACCCAGUCCGACCUCGACGAGCUCAGCCGUCAAUUGAAAGCCGUCAACUCUUCCAUCAACGUGCUCGCGCUUGUAGCGGAUAUGGCCAAAGAAGCCGACGUUGCCAAAUUGGCGGCGGAAACCAAGGCUCGAUUUGGGAGAGCCGAUGUGGUGAUUGCCAAUGCCGGUGUGAUGGGCAAGUAUUACACGGCCGAAGAUGGCUCGACUCGUCUUCCGUACAACGUUGAAGAGGACCUGGACCUCCCAAGCGUCGUCGACAUCAACUUCGUGGGCUCCUAUUAUCUGGCCAAAUACUUCAUUCCACUCCUCAAGUCUUCACCCAACGGGGCUCAAGCGUUUAUUGCCAUCAGCUCGGUCACUUCCCACUUCCCCAACAGCGGCUUCACCCCAAUGGCGUACAACAUUGCCAAGCUGGCGCAGAAUCGGUUCGUCGAAACCUUGCACAACGACUACGCCAAGUCUGGUCUGGUUUUUUAUGCCGUGCAUCCUGGCGUGGUCCUGACACCACAGACGGAAUCGCAUCUCACAGUUUCUGAUGGCGCCAAAUGGAAGCCAAUCUUGAACGACGACAUCGGACUGUGUGGUGGUUUCUUGACAUGGCUGACGGCCUCCAAGAGGGAUUGGUUAUCGGGCAGAUACCUCAACAGCAACUGGGACGUCACCGAACUCGAGGCCAAGAAGGAUGACAUAGUCAGCAGAGACUUGUUCAAGUUCCAGAUGGCUGUCUGA